GCAAACAAAGAGAAUUCAAGCCCUUCAGUCCCAUCAGCAAACAUGGACCACACAAAACCAUGUUGGUACUGGGAUAAGAAGGACUUGGCUCGUACACCCUCACAACUUGAAGGACUUGAUGCAGCCACUGAGGCCCAGUACCGCCGAGAGGGGGUUUGCUUCAUCUUUGAUGUGGGCGCACAUCUGGGCUUACCCUAUGACACCAAAGCAACAGGAAUCACUUAUUUUCAUCGAUUCUAUAUGUUUCACUCCUUCAAGCGAUUCCCACGCCAUGUAACAGGAGCUGCCUGUCUCUUUCUGGCUGGGAAAGUAGAGGAGACGCCAAAAAAAUGUAACGAUAUCAUCAAAGCAGCUCAUAGCUUAUUAAACGAUGUCCAGUGUGGUGAGUUUGGAGAUGAACCUGUGAAAGAAGUCUUGUUGCUGGAGAAGAUCUUACUACAGACCAUACAGUUUGAUUUAGAAGUAAAGCAUCCAUACCAGUACUUACUCAGCUAUGCAAAGGAGCUCAAAGGUAAUAAAGAAAAAAUCCAGAAGUUGGUUCAAAUGGCAUGGACCUUUGUAAAUGACAGUCUCUGUACCACCCUGUCACUGCAGUGGGAGCCAGAGAUCAUAGCUGUAGCGGUAAUGUAUCUUGCGGAACAUUUGCGCAAAUUUAAAAUUCAAGAGAUGACCUCCACGCCCAUGUACAAAAGGUGGUGGGAACAGUUUGUUGAAGAUCUCUCCGUUGACAUUCUGGAAGACAUCGGCCACCAGAUCCUGGAUCUUUACACACAAACGAAAGAACAGAGGCCUCAUCAUGCCCUUCCUCAGCUGCAGCAGCCCCAAUCUCCUCAUCCUGCGCAAGUCCCGCAGUCACACCCAUCGCAAGGCUCCGAGGCAGCACAGCCAGAGCAGGACCAGCAGCAGCACCAGGAGCAAGCACAGCAGGCCAAGGAACUGCCUCCACAGCCUAGUCCUCCAAGACAAGCUGAACACGCCAUGGUGGAUUAUCCCGAGGAUGAAGCCACAGCACCACCACCUAAAAUUCCCAGACUUGAGACCACUCCCUUACCAUUGCCUCCAGACUGGAAGCCUCCCAGUGCUCUGGCCUCAGGUGAAGCUGAUGCAAGUGGCCCAGUGGCAGCAAGUAACCUCCCUGAAGUCCAGAUUCCUCCUCCAGCCAACCAGGCCCCUGUGCACCAACCACCAUCAUUGGGGCCUCCACCCUCAGUGUCCUACAGCUACGUGACUGGGAUGUCUAGCACCAGCUCUUACAUGCCUGCAGAGGGCUACCAGAACCUGCAAUCCAUGACGAUGACCAAUGGUUCCUCCUACGGUGCCCGGCACCCAGCCUAUGGCCCACCUGCUCACCUUCCUUAUUGGCCAAAUGUCUACUCCACCAACCCAGCUCCACCUCCUGUUCUUCCACCCCCAGCUUCUUUUCUCCCACCCACCAUUCCUCCCCCUAUCCCAGGCUACCCUCCGUAUCUCCCUCCCAACAACACCAAUUUCCCACUGCCACCUCCAUGCAGGCCACCCAUUCACGUAGCCCCUCCUCACCUUCUUCAAGGUUUGGGUUUGCCACCAGUCAGCUACCUACCUCCUGCUAUUCCCCCUGAGGGGCAGCGCGCUGUUACCACACUUUUCCCCCCUCCUGGCAUGCCGCCUGUCAGGGGGAUAGGAUGGGCAACCUGGAUGAGAUAA